CAUCUGUCAUUCACAUCAUCUCUCUCUCUCUCUCGAAAGUGUGUCGGUGAAGAAGGAUCACGAUGAUGAUGAUGAGUGAAGAUGAAGGGUGCGCGCGUAUGAUGAAGGUUCCUGGAUCUCCGUUUUGUUGCUGCUAAUGAUGGGCGGGAAUCAGUCGCGCGGAGCGCCGGUGCCGGAUGAGGAUGAGGAGGUUUCCUUUGACCACUUUCAGAUUCUGAGAGCCAUUGGGAAGGGAAGCUUUGGAAAGGUGUGUAUCGUGCAGAAGAGAGACUCCAGGAAGAUGUACGCCAUGAAAUACACGAACAAGCAGAAAUGCAUCGAAAGAGAUGAAGUCAGAAACGUCCUCAGAGAGCUGCAGGUCAUGCAACGACUCGAACAUCCGUUCCUCGUCAACCUCUGGUUUUCGUUUCAGGAUGAGGAGGAUCUGUUUAUGGUGGUGGAUCUGUUGUUGGGUGGUGAUUUACGCUUCCAUCUGCAGCAGAACGUUGGUUUCAAAGAGCAAACAAUCAAACUGUACAUCUGUGAGCUAGCGUUAGCGCUCGACUACCUGCAGCGCUCGCACAUCAUCCACCGUGAUAUAAAGCCAGACAACAUUCUCUUGGAUGAACACGGUCACGUCCACAUCACAGACUUUAAUGUGGCCACGGUCCUGAAGGGCUCAGAAACAGCCUCAUCCAUGGCAGGAACCAAACCCUACAUGGCACCAGAAAUGUUUCGCUCGUUCGUGGACGGCGGCGCGGGUUAUUCGUACGCCGUGGAUUGGUGGGCUCUCGGCGUCACCGCGUACGAGCUCCUACACGGAUCGCGGCCGUUUGAGAUCCGCUCCAGCACGGCAGCGGCCGAAGUUCUCCACAUCAUCCACGGCCAACACGUGCGCUUCUCCUCCGUCUGCUCCGGAGCAAUGCUGGAUCUGAUCCGCAGCCUCCUGACCAGAGACCCCGCGAGUCGCCCGUCGUGUCUGUCUGAUGUCCAGGCGUCUCCGUACCUGUUGGAUGUGGAUUGGGACGCCGUGCUGCAGAAAUCCGUCCCGCCCGGAUUCGUUCCACACAAAGGCCGUCUGAACUGCGACCCCACGUUUGAGCUGGAGGAGAUGAUCCUGGAGUCCCGUCCUCUGCACAAGAAGAAGAAACGCCUGGCCAAGAGCAGAAACAAACGCUCGAACCCGCUGCCGACGCACAUGCAGAGCAGUUUAGACUCACUGACAGAAGAUUUCAUCUCCUUCAACAGAGAAAAGAUGAAGCAGCAACGUUUGGUUUCUGACAGUCCAGCCGUUCAGCUCACGACAGCUGCAAAUAAACAAAACAACAACAACAACAACACGAUGAUGACGAUGACGGGCAGCAGAUCUGAGCUUCACUGACGAAAGAUUUGGC